CCUGAGGUUUGCUCUCUGCCUGCAGAGUCACUGCAGCCUGGAUGUCGGCCGGCCUGCCGCUGCUGCUGAAGCCUGCUGGCCUCGCCGCCGCCACAGAUAUUUAACCUUUUUCACUUUGUCUACUUCCUUCCCUGGUGCUGCAGAGGGGCCGACACAAGGGCUGUGGACCCCUUCAUCGUCGUCUUGCACCAUCCAUCCACUGAGGAUCGGAGGGCGUCAGGAUUUUCUUGUCUGGUUACGGUUUCUCUAAUCUCCUCCUUGACUCUUCGUCCUCUCAAAGUGAAAGGAAUCCGUCCGUCUUCACCUCGGUCCACCCGUUGGCAGCACCAAUGGGGAACCAAGGCUCGACCCUGGACGAGAUCCUGUCGGAGGACAUGCACCACUGGUACAACAAGUUCAUGCGAGAGUCUCCGUCAGGCCUCAUCACGCUGUUCGAGCUGAAGGCCAUUCUGGGCCUGAAGGGCAUGAACGAGAACGCCAACAGCUACGUGGACCAGGUCUUCUCAACCUUCGACAUGGACGGGGACGGUUACAUCGACUUUGUCGAGUACAUCGCUGCCGUCAGUCUGCUGCUGAAAGGAGAAAUCAACCAGAAACUGAAGUGGUACUUCAAACUGUUCGACCAGGACGGAAACGGGAAGAUCGACAAGGACGAACUUGAGACCAUCUUCUCUGCCAUCCAGGACAUCACACGAAACCGAGAUAUCGACCCGGAGGACAUCGUCUCGCUCAUAUUUGAGAGGAUCGACGUGAAAGGAGAAGGUGAGCUGACACUCGAGGAGUUCAUCGAGGGAGCCAAAGACCACGAGGACAUCAUGAACACGCUGAAGACCCUGAUGGACCUGACGCCGGUCUUAGUCAUUAUCGUGGAAGGACGGAACCGGACCAAAGACUGAAGCUGAAAUCCUCCCCGCCCCCCCCGCCCAAAAAAAUCAACCCCUCACCCUCUUCAAAACGAGAGAAGACUUGAUCUCCUCCCUUCGGCAGCGGGAAACAACAGGUGCUGAAAGUGUUGAACCUUCUGAUGGACUGCGAUUGGUCGCUCGGACUCUGCAGGUCCGACUGCCCCUCCCCCUCCUCGCCUCCAGGUAUCGGGUUGAAAAGAGGAACAUUGUUGGACAAUGACGUCCAAAGACUUUGAUGAUCUUUGUGUGUUUCCACAAAUCGGUCUCUCACCUCACAGGUCCGUUUGUUCAAAACCGCUCAAACCCAACGAACGAGAAAAACUCAAGUUUUUAAACGAUUCCAGAAACGUCCAGAGCCGAGUGUCGAGACCCGGGACGGCUCUGGUAACAGGUGAACCAGGUGAGCGUCAAGAAUCAGAAACCGCCAAGUGUCACUGACGGUCAACAAUGGUCCAAAUGACAUCGACACUUUGUCGUCCUGCGAUCCGAUGACGCCUGACUUCAUUAUCAUCAACAAAUUUUGCCAAUUAUAAGAAGUACUUAACUUAGACAGCGUUUUUGUUCGACUGCUUGUGUUUAGACUUUAACAAUUCCGAACUUUUCUUUUAUAGAAAAACAAAACCCAAACUCUUAGUUUCAGCAUCUGGCACUAGAACCUCAAAUCGUCUUUAUCGAACCAGCCCGGAAUGUGUAUAAUGGGGAACAUUUGUGCUACAUGGCUAAUAUUAGCAUUAGCAGCUGUUUACUCACCAAUCUG